CGUAGACAUCUGCAGCUGCAGAUACAAGACGUCUUUACCACGCAGCGAAAAGGAGCACAUCCCCUCGGGCUCUAUCUGUGAAUAAAAUUGCCUCUAAGGUUCAGGAUGGGACACAGCAAACGUCAACAGGCUCAUAAGUCACUUCUGACAGGGAGCAGACCAGCCAGGUAAGCUUUUAGGAGUCCCUCAUUAGAAGGUCCCAGUUGGCUCAUUUCCCUACAUGCACAGUGGCUGACCCCCUGGCAGAGCUAUGAGACCUGAUUUCCCUGAUGCACAAAAUAGACUCAGUAGGUGUUGGGUAGUUGGCUUGGCUUCAGUGAUGGAUGUUCCUUCAGCCCCAAAUCAGCUGAGAUGGAGGAGCUGAUGUGCGGCUAUAAUGCACUUAGAGACUGAAUCAAUCUACUAAACUCUCCUUCUCCAGUGUGGCUAUUUAAAGAAGCAAUUAAUGUAAAAGAAAAAGACUUGCUAGUGCCAACAUCUGAUUGUGGCCUCUCAUAACCAGCCGGCUGAUUGAUAACUUCCACUCUCCUGUCAGACUGAUUUAAGGUUUGUGGCCUCGCCUACAACGUCAGAUCUCCGUAUUUCACUCAGACUGUCCACGGUCCUCAUGAAAAGGAGCCUAUUGACAAAAGCAACGAUGACUAGCUAUUGAUUUUGUACGCAAUAGUUCUGGCUCCUCCUCCCGGCCCUGAAAGGAUAAAUAUAUUGAUGGGAUGGACCUGGGGCAGUAGUUUCUUGCCUUGCUUCGGGGCGAAUCAUAGUGCGGCUAGUGUUUGGAGGCUCACAAUGAGUAGUAUGGACAAGGUGACAGUUUAUAACAGCUGCUUAGGACUCCUGGCUUUGUUACUUCUGCAAGGAGUGCUUAAUGUGGAGGGAAGGAGCAUAUUCAACCCAGGAAACCAUGUUUUUAAUCCAAAAGAAGACACAGAUUCACAGAGCAAGAUCCUAGCACUGUUACUACGCAAGAGCUUAGUUCCUGUUGAAAAGGACGAUCCUCUUGGGCUUGAACUGGCCAAUAAAUUGGCUGAAUUAGAGGAGCUGCAGGCACUGAAAGAGGACUUGAUGCUGGAGAGGGAGAUCACAACCAAUCUAGCAGAGGGCAAAUCUAUAAGCAGAAAGAGAGGAGAACCUUGUUUCUGGAAGUACUGUGUCUGACAGAGGAGGACCACCACUGUGACCGUUUGCUGCAAAGCCCCACAUAGCCUUAAGACUCCAAACACCAGUAAUAUAAUCACAUUAUAUUUUAUCCCAGCAAUAUAGAGUUGUAUAAGUCAUCAGUAAGCCUGUCAUUUCCAUCACAUUGAUAGAAAAUCUCAGCCAUGGAUGUACAUCUUUAUUCUGUAAAUAAUCUGCUGUUCACUGGAAAUACUUGAGGGUCAGGCAUGAUGACUUCAUGUACUGGAGGGAAAAUGAUUUUAUUAUCAGCAGGGACAUCUACUUUCUGCUUGGUUUUGUCGCUCUCUUGUGGCAGAUUUGUGCAUACAAUUUAGUUUGUGUACUGCUGCAUACAAACAUCUUAUGUCUCUGCUUUUAGA